AUGGAACUAUAUGGAUAUUUGAUUGUUUUAUUAAUCAUAGUAGCAUUCAUUGCUUUAUUACCGUUAAUAUCAGGUGUAGGUGGUUUUAAUAAAGGUGACGGUACAACAGAAGGAAAAAAUAAAGCGACGAUUAACUUUAAGCUAAAAGAAGAUCAGGACAAUAAAGGUAAGUCAUCUACUUUUGCUAAUUCACAUAAAUUCGCCGUCGAUAACAAGACAGGGUUGAAGAGAAGAGUUAUUGGAAAAUAUGAUAACGACCCAAAUUCUUUCGAUUAUGAUCUUAAUGAAUUAAUCGAUGAAGAUGCCAAUGAAGAAAGAAAAAUACAAGAAGAUAGAUACGCCAGUUUUAAAGGUAAAGAGGAAGAAUUGUAUGAUGAACUUGCAUAA